GGGUAUUGCGCGGGUAAGUUUGUUUGCUAGCUAGCCUGCUUAGUAAGGUUGGCUUCAUAGCAAUCACAGAAAAAUAAAGUGGUGACAGCUGCAUAGAAGUACGGUAUUUGACAAAGAGUUAAAGGGUAUAUUGGGAGGUGGUGUCCCGUCCCCCAGGCCGUUUGCAUGGUGUACUGUACUACCCGAUAGGAUCAUGUAGUGGAAUGGUAACGUUAGUGGGUUUUUAAUGAGUGUAGGUAGCAGCUGCAGAGAAAGACCUUGGAGUACGAGAUUUUACUGCAGAAUAAGUAAUGGGGGGUGAUUUUAAUGAAAUAGGGGUAUAUACUGUAGGUGUAGGGUUAUUCCUGUUCCUAUUUAUUUUAGGAACAGGAAUAAUGAGAAUUUAAUGUAGGUAGGAAAUGACUGGCCUCACUUUAGUAUAGCAGCGGUGUAUGUACAUUUAAAUUGUAUGCGAUAGGCCAAUCCCGAAGGAGAAUCAAAUCAAAUGUAUUUAUAAAGCCCUUCUUACAUCAGCUGAUAUCUCAAAGUGCUGUAUAGAAACCUAGCCUAAAGCCCCAAUCAGCAAUGCAGGUGUAGAAGCAAUGCAGAGAAGAGGAUAGCUGGCUUGUGCUUGUAGUCAAAUAAUAAAAAAAGAUGUUCAACGAAAUCUUUUUUCGUGCGCGUGUAGUGUCCGUUAUGGAAACUUUAACAGCAGCAGCCGUGCGAGCAGUGUGUCAAAUAAUGGAAGAAAGCUACGCUGCCCUUCGUGUGGAAAUGGAGUGUAGCCAUGAACCGAACAGGAAGCCCCUGACGAUGGAGAAGGAGACUGUGCAAGCAUUCAAACCUUGCCGUUCUCCUGAUCGUAUACAAAUGGAAGGUUUGAGAAAGACCCCUGUUGAUGAACAGCAGGAUGAAGACGUGGCCAGUGGUGCUGAUAUGGAAGAUGAUCCCAUGGACCACGAUGAUCUCACAGGUCAUGAUGAUUACACUCCACUGUUACCGAUGUCAUCGCAAGGACCAUCACAGCCUGUUAAACCAAAGACCACAUCCUCUCUGGUUAAGCUUACGGAAGAUGAGGUGCACCAUUCGAUUGUUCCUGUCAAUUCUCUACUAUCACUCACAAGAUGCACAACCUGCUGCAAAUUGUUCCACUGUCCACUUUGUCUCAGCUUUAAACCAACCAAACGCUCAAGAUUACAGCGCCAUGUUGAUGUGCACCUGAAAAAUGCGGUGUCUUUCAAAGAUAAAAAGAUUUGUAAAUGCAAUUUGGACUGUAGGACAGAUGGCCAUUAUCACUGCCCCCAGUGUGAGAGAACUAUCAUCAGGAGGGAUGCCAUGACAAGUCAUCUGCUGUUGUGUCAAGGGGCUUCAUCUCCUGUUUCAUCAGCUGCACUGCCCUCUACGCAUGCUGUACUCCCCACACCUGCUGUAAACCAGCGUAUUAAAAUCACCACCCAUAUCCAACUGCCUCAAAGACCAGCCUAUAGGACUCUGACGACUAUGUGUGAUCACUGUGGCUUUGUGCUCCUGAGAAAGAACUUGAAGCAGCACCUGCUGAGGAAACACCCAGAGAUAGCCACUCCAUUGGAGGGAGCACAAUCAGAUCCUGUGUCUGUGGCACAACAACACGGCACCAUGAAACAUGCUGAAGGGACCAGACGGAGACUGGCCGCCACCUGCACCAUAUGUGGGCGUACGGUGACCAUGAAGAACAUGCGAGCACACAUGAACAGAAAACACCCUGAUUCCUGGUAGAUGCCUGCUUUGCAAACAGGCAUUAUAGCCUGAUCCCAGAUCUGUUUGUGCUUUUGUCAUUGAGAAGCAAAACAAUUUGGCCAAGAGAAAGAGUACAAGGAGUGGAAUGUUAGCAAAACAGGUUCUGGAUUUCAGGAUAUAGGCUUCAUGCAUCAACUACUUAAUUGAUGGCUGAAUUAUAUUAUAAUUUUUUUUAAUAACAAAUCUUGUACUUUCAUGUUGUAUAUAUUUUUUACCAUACAAAUGGAGAAAAUUGCAUUUGUUAAUCUGACCCUUCAGUCUAUUGGGUUACGGUUAUGACCUGGCUGCCAGUUCCAUUUCCAAGGCCUGAGUGCUGGUCUUGCAAACAAGCACAACAAACAAUUGGAGAGGAAAACUAUAAACAUUUGGUUAUUUUGAACAUUUCUUGCAGUCUCUAUAACUUGUUAAAGUUUACUAUUGUACAAAGUAUGUUGAAAAGCUGGGGAAUCAUGCUCCACUCACUCACACCAAAUAAUGGUGGUUCAAAUCUAGGCUGUAAUCUGCUGUAAUCAAGUUAUUUCGUUUAGAACAAAAUAUGUAAGAAGCUGCUAGACUCAAGGGCGUAUCUAAACGUGUAUUUACGGUAUUUCACCGGCCCGCCCAACCUCAUCAGCUGUCCGGAAUUAAUCCAAAGAAAACUUCCGGAGGAGGUGAAGAGGUGUGAAAAGGCGAAGCCACCAUCUGAUAACAAAGAGGAUGUUCACUGUAGCCUUCUCACAUCACAGUAGGAACAAAUUAGAUUGAUUGUUGUAGUCUACUUGGUAACCAUGUCUCACGAACUCGCUUUUCGUUGUCGCGUCACCUCCAUUAUGGAAGCUUUGACAGCAACAGUCGUGCAAGAAAUCUGUCAAUUUAUGGGAGAAAGCUAUGCUGCUCUUCGAGUGGAAAUGUUGCAUGAACAAAAUAAAAAAGAGACAAGGAUGGAGAAGCCAGCGAACUGCCCCAAGAACUUUUCAAAACCUGUUAGCCCACCAAGUUUGGGAAACUUUCCAAUCGUGGGGCAGAUCCUGAAUAAACAAGAGGCCAACUAUCAUUGGCUAGAAGACGGUGCUGUUUUUGAAGGCCUAGCAUCACCGGUGCCAGAGACGGAGAGACAAGAGCCAUCACAGCCCCCUGGUCAGAUUACAGACACGGUACCAUGGCCAGUAUGGCUCAUCAAACAGGAGGAAAUGGCUGAUGAUGAUUUGGAAUCGGAAGGUUACGGCGAGUGGAUUCCAGAGACUCCCAAGGCAAGCCAGAAUAUCACAGGAGAAAGUGAUGAGGAAGAGAGAAGUCAAGCCUCUGGGGGAUCCAGAGAACUUGGACUCGAUGACUUCAAGAGAGAACAGAGUCCGUUGCUGGUGUCAGCUGAGGAUGCUGUGACACCCAUAAAGACAAAGUAUAAAGCACGCAUGUUAGAACACACUGGGAAGCCACGUUUCCGCUGCGAUAUCUGCGGUGAGAAAUUCCAGCGUCAGAGCGGCUUGACCAGGCACCAGCGGCACAAACACAACACCGUGAAAACCUACAGUUGCACUGUGUGUGGGAAAGGGUUCACCUACAUCAAAUCUCUCAACACGCAUGAGCUCACGCACUCUGAUGUCUCUAUCAGUUCAACUAUAACUCUGGAUGAAGCCAAGGCAAGGAAAAGAGGUCUGACUGAUGAACCCACAGACAGAAAUGCAGCGAGAGAUAUGAUCAGUGCCAUCCUUCACUCAAAGCCAGGUGGAGAAAAGAUAUUCCAGGAGUAUGGGAAAACCAAAGGUCUUACGGAUAGCACACGGAGACUGAUGGUGAACAUUAUUGUGGCCGACAUGAUGGAAAAUCAUGGUAGGAUCCCCCCAUCAAGUGUCCGCACCAACUACGCCCUGGGGAUUGUGACUUUAUUCCCCUUCUUGAAUGAUCCAGAUUCAGAGCAUGGUUAUGAACAAUAUUACGACGCAGCUAGUGGGUCUGGUUAUCUGACCUGGAGAAUAAAGACAGUGGGGCGCAACAAAUCAUGUAAGACCAAGAGGAGAACCAAGUCCACCUAUCAAAAUGGUCCAAAGGCUCAACACAGUUCCCCUUCAGCUGUUGAGGAACUGUUAGAUGAACAAGUGUCCAUGUCUGAGGUCUUGAUCUGCUCAGUUGGGUCUGAUUCCUCUGGAUCAGCUUUAACUCUGGAAAAAUCCAAGGCACGAAAAAGACGACUGACUGAUGAACCUACAGACAGAAAUGCAGCAAGAGAUAUGAUCAGUGCCAUCCUUCACUCAAAGCCAGGUGGAGAAAAGGUGUUCCAGGAGUAUGGGAAAACCAAAGGUCUUACGGAUAGCACACGGAGACUGAUGGUGAACAUUAUUGUGGCCGACAUGAUGGAAAGUCAUGGGAGGAUCCCCCCAUCAAGUGUCCGCACCAACUAUGCCCUGGGGAUUGUGACUUUAUUCCCCUACUUGAAUGAUCCAGAUUCAGAGCAUGGUUAUGAAAAAUAUUAUGAUGCAGCUAGUGGAUCUGGUUACCUGGCCUGGAGAAUAAAGACAGUGGGGCGCAACACGUCAUGUAAGACCAAGAAGAGAACCAAGCCCACCUAUCAAAAUGGUCCCAAGGCUCAGCGAAGUUGCCCUUCAGCUGUUGAGCAACUUUCGGGGGAUGAAUGCAAAGAGGCGAUAUCUGUGCUUCAGCAUACAACAACUAAUGAGUCACUGGUUCGAGAGAAGAUGAUGGCGACGUUCCAAUACAGACAGCAGGUGGUUCAUGAUCCGGGGAAGUCCUCAACUGUCCUAGAUGUCUUCCCCAGAUUCCUUGACACUACAGGCUUGAUCAACCAAGAUUUCACCAGACUUUUCGGAGAGGUGGUGUCUGGGACAUUUAUGGCGAAGUGGCCAACAUUUUUCAAACCCAGGGUCAUCGCAGAUUGCAAAACCCUUCCCUUCAGUGAACCUGUGGAAGACCUCCUCUCAUCUGCUCAGCAGGAAUCCAAUGAUUAUGGAUGGGAGAGUGACUUGGCAGCCAUUUUGUUGCUUCUGCAUCUCCUACCCCCGACCUCAAAGGGCCCGAAGACCGCAAAGAUCCGUACCUCUCAAGCUGCUGACCAUCUGGUUAGAUUUAUGAAGGUAGGGACAAGUGUGGUGACCUUCCUUGAGACAGUUGGAUAUGAGCAGCAGCCCUUCCUCCUCUGUGUCGGUGAAAGGAAGAACAGCCUUCAGAAGUUUUACAUCGUCGUUGACCAGAAGGCCAUCCCAUGCAAGGCCCAAACAUCAGUGGCAGCUUUUGACGAGCUCUUUAAGGCACACUAUGUCUUCAGUGUGUCCUACCAUGAAGCAUUGUGUAACUUCUACACAUUCAUCCAGACCACCGUGUACGGUAUCGACGUGGGGAAGGCAAAGGAGUCCUCAAGAGUCAAGGAGAUUAGAGUAAGGCUGCUUAACAAAGACCAGGGGAGUGGUGCCGCCGGAGCGCAAGGGAGCGGCGCUCCCGCCCUUUUUGCAAUUUGAGAAUAUAAGUUAGUAGUUGAAUAGAGUAGAGCAGUAUCACCAUCUGCUCUAUUUCGCUCCUGAAACAGUAACUCAAGAAGAUCUAAGUGCGUAUCCCCCAUGAAGCUGAUUGAGAUCAAAUGAUUGUCAUGCAGAUGCAGUUUGGACAUUUCACCGGUAAAACUCAUAAUUAUCGUUCACCAAUGACACUGAUGGCCUAUUUGUAAAUUAGAUGCCCUCAAACACCAAGUUCGGUAUAUUACAUUUUAGUGAGAGAGUGUGAGCAUAGGGCAGAUGUUGCAGUUGGAGAAUGCAUUUUGUGCAUAUUGUAUUAUAAUAUUCAUUAGGUUACAUCUGUCAGUACGAACUUUGACGGUAAAAUGAUGUAAUUCACUUUUUGGGGGUUGGCUCCCGAACCUAACAAAAACAAAUGGCACUUUACCACUUACAUAGAUAUGUGAAUUGAGAUGUGUUUACUUGUUUUAUUUGGAAAAUACACUACAGCAGUUGUGCAUUGCUUUUUUGACAAGUUUUAUCAUGGUUUGUCAAUAAAACGUAAUUCAAUCUGGACAGCAAUUGUUGUAGAUGAUAAUAAAUCAGUCAAUUGAAAUAAAUUCAUUAAGCCCUAA